GUCAUAAGUUUCUUACCACUGAAGCAGGGCGUCCCUUGUGUCACGUGACAAGUGUGAGUGACACGGGGACAGAUAGAAAAGACUUUUUUGUCAGCUCGUGUACUGUUUGCCUCCCAGCUAAAAUGACGUGCAUCCGCCGCACAUGUAUAUGUCGGCUAAGCAGAACCUAGACGGUGGACAAGGAGAUAAGAGUGGGAAGAGUUGGCUUAAUGGUAGGAGGGUGCAUGGUGGCAUUUGGGAACUGAGAUUCUUACUGGAGCAGGAGAACUAAAAGUAUGAACGUAAGGAGAAGAAGCGCAAGAUGAGUUUUUACCACAUGAACACAGUCAACAGCAUUUUGAGUAAUCCCCUUUUUGCUGCUGUACAAGUACUAAUAGCGGUCUUCAUAAUCCGGUGGUGUAUAGUUUCGCAUCAACAGGAAAGGGGUUUCUAGGAAUGACAACAUCUGGUAGAAGUGAUAACACUUCAAAGAUGACAGAGCUAGUAGCUGUUGGCAGUGUCAAAGACCCAGCAAUAUGCACCAAGACAGUUCUGCAGGAACAAGACAAGGAAACAGUACCUCUGAAAAAGUACAUUACAAAGACUCUGAAGAAACACUGCAGCUGUGCACCAUCUCAGGCAAAACGACUUUUGUUUGAUUUCUUUCCAGUUCUGAAAUGGCUUCCCAAAUAUCGGUUUAGAGACUGGAUUCUGGGAGACGUCAUGUCAGGACUAAUUGUGGGUAUUUUACUAGUUCCGCAAUCAAUAGCAUAUUCUCUGCUAGCUUCUCAGGAGCCCGUUUUUGGCCUGUAUACCUCCUUUUUUGCUUGCCUUAUUUACUUCCUACUGGGGACGUCACGGCACAUCUCAGUUGGAAUUUUUGGUGUGCUGUGCCUAAUGGUAGGUCAGGUUGUGGACCGAGAGCUGCAGUUUGCUGGCUAUGAUCUUGACAGUACAGACCAAAACAGUCUUACUCAUGUUGAAUUGGGUAAUAGCACAAAUGUCACUGAAGGAGUACAGACUCUGAAUGCCUCUGCUGGGAUUCUGUGUAACAAAAGCUGCUAUGCUAUUACUGUUGGUGCAACACUAACCUUUAUGGCUGGAGUUUAUCAGGUUGUUAUGGGCCUUUUCCAAGUGGGCUUCAUCUCAGUUUAUCUCUCAGAUUCUCUUCUUAGUGGAUUUGCCACUGGUGCCUCCCUCACAAUUCUCACAUCUCAGGUGAAAUACCUCCUGGGCAUCAGCAUUCCACGCAGCCAUGGUGUUGGAUCGCUUAUAUUUACAUGGUACCACAUCUUUAAGAACAUUUACAAGACCAACAUCUGUGACCUCAUCACCAGUUUGCUGUGCCUUGCUCUCUUAGUUCCAGCCAAAGAAAUUAAUGAGUUGUAUAAAUCCAAGCUGAAAGCACCAAUUCCCAUGGAACUUUUUGUCGUUAUUGCAGCCACACUUGCAUCACACUUUGGAAAUCUAAAAGAAAAAUAUGGUUCUAGCAUUGCUGGUACAAUCCCUACUGGAUUUUUGCCCCCAAGUCCACCAGAUUGGAGCCUUAUCCCCAGGAUUGCUGGAGAUGCUAUAGCAAUUGCUAUUAUUGGUUUUGCCAUCACAGUUUCCCUUUCAGAAAUGUUUGCCAAAAAACAUGGUUACACAGUCCGAGCCAACCAAGAAAUGUAUGCCAUUGGCUUUUGUAACAUUAUCCCUGCUUUCUUUCAUUGUUUCACCACCAGUGCAGCCCUAGCAAAGACACUUGUCAAAGAGUCCACUGGAUGCCAAACCCAGAUUUCGGGAGUGAUAACAUCAGGACUUCUUUUGCUGGUCUUGCUAGUAAUUGCUCCACUGUUUUAUUCUCUUCAAAAAUGUGUUUUGGGGGUGAUUACCAUUGUAAAUCUCAGAGGUGCACUCAGAAAAUUUUUGGAUUUGCCCAAAAUGUGGCAAGUAAACAGAACAGACACUAUGAUCUGGUUAGUCACCAUGGCUUCUUCUGCCUUUAUCAGCACUGAACUUGGCCUGGUGAUCGGAGUUUGUUUCUCAAUGCUGUGUGUCAUAAUAAGGACACAGCAAGCCAGAUCCACAUUACUAGGCUGGGUUGAUGGAACAGAAAUUUAUGAAGACCAAGCAGUGUACAAAAACUUAUCUUCUGUACAAGGUGUCGAAAUAUUUCGAUUUGAAGCUCCACUUUACUAUGCUAAUAAAGAAUAUUUCAGAUCUUCCUUAUAUAAACGGACAGGUAUUAACCCUAUCUCACUGAUAUCUGCUAGGAAGAAGAUAGAAAAGAAACUUAGGGAACAAAACCAGACUGAUACUGCAAACCAUGACAGCAGUAAAAAGGUGGAUGUAGUACUGCCUCUUUGCCAUGAUGAGGCCAAGUUUCACACACUAAUAAUUGACUGUUCUUCUGUUACAUUUGUAGAUACAGUUGGGGUAAAUAUACUAAAGGAGAUUUUAAAAGACUUCAAGGAAAUUGGUAUUCAAGUCUUGCUUGCACAUUGUAAUCCAUCUAUCAUUGAUUCUUUACGCAGAGGUGGAUACUUACAGAAAGAGGACCAUAGUUUACUUUUCCACAAUAUCCACGAAGCUGUAUGCUUUUGCAAAAUCAAAGAUGUUGAAAAUGGAUAUUGUCCAGGUGAUGAAACUCGCUGCUAAGACACUGACUGAAAAAGUAGUUGUGAUGCACAACAUUUUUCUUUCAUGUUCUUUUCUGUUUAAUAAUGUUAUUUUAAAAUUCACAGAGCUUGUGACCUGUGAGUGCACCUGUACAGAACUUGCUGUAUUUAUAAGCAUUUAUUUACCAUACUUUCUGCAGUUUUAUAGCAGUACAUUUAAGGAAAGCCUAUACCAAACACAAGGAGAAAACCCCACAAAAUUACUUCUACCAAAGAAGUUGUCUUUUAUUAUAUAUUGACUAAUAUAUCUGUUUUGCUCUGCCAGAAGGGACUUUGCAGCACAGAAUUUUUUUGACUGAGCUUGUAAGAUUGCACUCUGUAUAAACUUGGCCUGAAGCCAUUACUUGGGUCAAACAUUUCUGUUGCAAGUCCAUUGGAAGCAGAACUGCUUGUCUGAAAUCCAGGCAUAUGUUGUGUGCAUCUAGAUGUGUGAUGUUUUGAAGUACAGUUUAGAUGAUCUUUUUAUGAACAGUUUGUUACAAGGAGAUUCUUGUCUGCUGAUUUAUCUGUAGCACCAAGGUUCAGGAUGCUGCACUUUUAGUACAUUUUCUACUAAUACAAGAGAAUACCAUAUAAUGACAGUACAGCAUAUAUUUUCUGUGUGAUUUUUGCCUCUCCUCCUACUAUCAGACACUUUCAAGGAGUCUCAGUGCAUCAGUGACAAAGCAGCCACUGACUAGGUUGAGAGUCAGUUGAAGGGAGUCAUCCUUCAAUCAGGCAUUGUUUGUGUCAUGGCUGUCUGUCCUUGUCACAGACCAUCUGGGUCAGCAGCCAUAAUGGCCUGCAGGGAAGGGCUAAUGUCAUUGUUGAUCUCCUCCCUGCCACAGCCCCUGCUCUCAUUAAUGCAGAUGGCCAAGGUGUUUCUACUGGUCGUUAACCCCUCCCAGAUGACUAACAUAUGCACCUGCAUCACCAUGGGAGCUGCUACACCUUGCUCAUGUGUAUUCUUGCUACUGCUAAUGUGCUGAUGAAUUCCUACAUCAACAACUUGGCACUGCCAAGUCCACAUCAGCAGUAUUUAAGUACUAUACAAGUCUCCAUUGCGUGGUGCUGACCAGAUCCACCUUUCUAUUUUUGCACAAUGGGCAAGCUUGAAUCAACUGCUCAAUUCCAUCACCCCCUGCUCAGCUUAUUCGGGACUUGAACCACUUCUUGACCUCAGGUCAUCUGUGUUGUUGUCAGGGUUUUAUCUUUCUGUGUCACAGAACAAGGUAAUGGCAAUAUUGCAUACUAAAUUUUCCUUUGACUGCCUUGCAGGAAAGCGUAAUACCAUGGAAUACUGCAUCCUGACAAAUUUCCCAGUAGUUAUUGAUUUAAGCAUUGUGUUGAUUUAUACAUAAAUAUGUUUCUGAAAUUUCAAAGCCAAACUUUUUUAACUUUGAAUAUGUCAUAAUGCACGUCUAAGCUGAUAACCUCCCCAGUCAGAUGUGCGCUUGUACCCCCACCCAGGAAUUUUACCUGGGCUCAGGACAAGAACUGCCUAAAGGGAACUGCCAUCCAGGAAGGUGUAUGUGUGCUUUGUUGCAUCCACAUUACCCCCAGUCCCCCAUCUCCCCAGCAGGGCAAGAAGGAGACCAUUCCUUCCAAUCUAGCCAUGACUGAGGAUACCCAAUCCCGCUUGCUGAGCAAGUCUUGUUUAACCCCUAGAUUGGGAUCCCAAAGGCAGGCCUAUCCUUUUAGUCUCAGGAGACAGGUACUCCAUCCAGUCGGCAGUUUGUAUUAUUCUGUCAUAGCUAGACGGGUGUUCUAUCCCCUGUUUUAUCCCCAGCUUACCCAUUGCUUUUGUAGUGAUAUAGACACCAAAUUAUCACAGGGAAUAAAGUGUUCUUCCCUGAUGUGUGUGUACUCAGAUAUACUUGCCCCCCUGAUGGCUAUGGUUACCAGCUUGAAAUUCAAAGCCCAUGUCACUUGGACAGCAGCUUUUGUGCAAGCCUCUGUUUGAACUGGAGCAUAGCCAGACUGGAGACUACCACUCUGUCCCCCAGAAGGGCAAGCCACCCCUGCCAGUCACUCCCAACCCCCCUCCCCACGCUAGCUGUUCUAGCAUUUGAGCGACUAUUCAAACUUAUUUGAUGUGAGCCAUAGUCAUGGUUUCAUCAGUAUAUGCCACAGAGCAGGGGCUUAUCAGAAUGUUUGUAUAUAAACUUAUUCCUGACUUCAGUGGUGGAAGGCCUUGGCAUCUACAGGGGGUAGCUGCUGCAGUGUGUUUAUAUAUAUAUAUAUAUAUAUAUAUAUAUAUAUAUAUAUAUAUAUAUAUAUAUAUUUGCUUCAAAGGAUUUUUAAACAAUUUUAACAUCUUGAAAAUGCUUUAUUAAUUAAGAAAUGAGACCAGGAUAUUGUUUUGAUUACAUGACAGUGACUGCUGGCAGCCACUGUGUAAACCUAAUUCUGGCAUAUUUAGCAGACGUUUUUUAUAUUAAUUACAAAGUUAACAACCUAGGGCAGCAAAGUAGUGUAUCAUUUUUGUUUUAGACAGCCACAUUUUAUUGUACUUAACUUUACAUUACUUUUAGUUGUUUCAUUAUAAUGCAGUUUAAAAGGUCAUUUCCAUUUCAGCUGUUACUGAUUUUUUUUUUUUAAAUUUUGUCCACUAGGAGAUCAUUUCUCAUCAUCUUAUAAAACUGUAUGUAAGCAUUUUAGUAUUUUCAGGUUCACAUUUAGAUGUUCUGCUCCAAGAAAAAAACAGAAAUAUGCCAGGGUGUUUCCAUUUGGUAAGAAACAAAAUAUAGGAAAUUAUUGAACAGGAGAGUGUUGUUUGCCAGUUCCAAAGAUACAACUGAAUCUUUUUUAGGGCAUUCUGAUGUCAGUUUAGCUUUUGAUUUAUAUAUUUAUUAUCUGUAUAAUAUGUUAUUUUAAGAUUUACAAAUUCAGAGAUUAGUGUAUAGCAGUAUUGAGGAUUAUUAAAUAUUUGAAGGAUUGGAAACAUGCAGUCGGCAGACUGCUAAAGGCAGCUGCUAGAUAUACUGUGUAAGCAGUAUGAAGCUCUGAAAUAAUAAAUGCCUUUUUCAUUACACACUAAUGACAUAUGGCUGAGAAUGGCAGAAAUUUGCACAUUGGCAAGGCUGAGGAAGAUCGAGUGUAAAGGGGCAGCAUUAUCCAUUAACUAGAAAGUCCAACAUACAGUACCUUAGUGACAGCUAUGGGCACUGAGUAAUUUAUUUAUUUAUUUUAUUUAGCAUUUGUCUACCGGGAAUGUUUGACUUGGAAUGAGCCAAUUUUCAGCGGAGGCCUGCAGAGAAAUGCUCCAGAUACAUGUCAUUGAAGACUGUCAAGAUACACAGGCAAGAGAAGACUGCCCAUAAAGACCCAGAAAAGAAAUCUAGUGGUGAGCAUUGAGUAGGUGUCUCUGCAUACCCCUUGGCUGAUUCCAGAACUCUGAGACUAGUAGUAUUUACAUAUCUGAUCAAACAAUCCCUGUUUAUUUCUGGCAUGAUAGGUUAGGGCUGUGAAGCUAUUACUUUAACUAGAUGUAGGGUUAGUAAUGAUGGAUUCCAAAUCUGAAGAUUUGGGAAAUUUUACAUAAAAUUGUACCACAAAUAUCCCAUCUUUGUUUUUGUUCUACUGCAAUAAAUUUAUAAAUUAGGCAAGCAUUCUGGGUUUACUGUAAUUCUUUACACCCAUCAUUAUCUGGAAGAGUCAGUAUGUUAACCUUUAAUCAUUAAACUUUUUGUUUAAAAGAACAAAUAUUCCAUUAUUUUAUUUAACUGUGAUAGAAAUGGAUGUUCUGUUUCUAGCCUGUUUUGUUUCCCAGUUGUCAGUCAGUGCAUGUUUUAUUUAAACUAAUCCCAUUGAUCUGCAAAGUUGUACUGUUGAAAAUCAAUUUAGUAACAAACAGUGAAGAGAUGUAAUCCAUAUGACAAAAUAGAGUGCACCAGGAUGUCAAACAGAUUUAACAGUGCCAGCUUAAGGAUUGCAUUAAAAUGCCUAAAAGUU